AUGUCAAAGAGAGAAUAUGAACGCCAAAUGGCUGAUGAAGAAGAGCAGCAACUCCAAAGUUUUCAGGCAGCAGGAACAGUACGGUCUGCAAUAGUGCACGAGCUAAAGGAGGCACCUUUAAUUCCUAAAGUCCAGGAUCAAAGAUCAGUUGGAGGAAGAGGUGGUUUAGGAAGCAAAACUUUUCCCUCAAGGGUUUUAGUAGCUUCUGCAGGUGCUUUUUUGUUUUUACUUAAACAAAUUAAUAUGGAUUUGCCUCCAGGAUUCAGAUUCCAUCCCACAGACGAAGAGAUCAUUAUUCAUUAUCUUUUGAAGAAAGUUUUGGACAGAAGAUUCAGUGCAAUAGCCAUAGAAGAAGCUGAUCUGAAUAAGUGUGAACCAUGGGAUUUAACAAAAAAGGAAAAGAUGGGAGAAAAAGAAUGGUUCUUUUUCAAGAAAGAUAGGAAAUACACAACAGGCAUGAGAACAAAUAGAGCAACAGAAUCAGGAUACUGGAAAGCUACUGGAAAAGAUAAGGAGAUCUACAAGGGAAAAAAAUAUCUUGUUGGGAUGAAAAAAACCCUAGUUUUUUACACAGGAAGAGCUCCUAAAGGAGAGAAAACUAAUUGGGUCAUGCAUGAAUACAGACUUGAAGGAAGUUUUUGCAGUUACAGCCUUCCUAUGACAGCGAAGGAAGAAUGGGCUGUUUGCAGAAUUUUUCACAAGAACACAGGAGUUCUCAACAGAAAUCAUCCAGGAGCAGAACUAUCAAGAAUGGACUCUUUUAUGGAACAACAUUUAUUGGGUAGCCCUGCAUUGCCACCAUUGAUGGAUGUUUCUCAUAGACCUAGUUUAAGCUUUACAACUGAUGAAGACGGUGAAUCCAUCAGAGAAAAUUCUACCUCAGCAGUUCCAGAGCCAAAUCCCAAUUCUUAUAAUCAAAUUGGUAUUCCUAAUUCAACCUUUCCAUGUCAAGCAUCAUUAGAUCUUCCUUUCCAGCACCAAGACAUGAUUAGUUCGAUGUUGAAGCCUCGUACAACCUUUCCCUUAAGAGAAUUUGAUCGAACUGGCUUAAGAAUUGUAGCACAAAACCAAAGAAUACUAGAUCCCGAAAGGACUACUUACAAGAUAGGACAAUUCUUGACGACAAAUACUAUGAUCAAUGUUCUCCAAGACACGGCCAUACUUGGCAUGGAAACGGCCAAUGAGAAGACUACUGUGGCUUCGAAAGGAGAAACAGAAAGAGAGAAGUCAUUAGAUGACUUUGAGGGCCUUUCUUUCAGCCCGAUCAUUUCAGAUUUGGAUUACCUGUGGAGUUACUAA